CACAAAUUAAUAAUAAACAUAAAACCCUCCUCUCACCAAAUCCCAAACUCAUCAAAUCUCUCUCUUCUUCCCUCAUAUAAAACCAUCGUCUUCUCCUCCUAAUCCAUCAAUCCACAUAAAUUAUUUGAUUAACCAAGAAAUCAAUAGUAUUAUUAUGUGCUGAUGGGUAUCAAGCUUUUGAAUCUCCAGCUGAUUCCAUGGUGUUUUCACUUCACGGGCAAUCCCAUAUCUUGUUUACAGCUCCAGCCCGACCAGUCGCGGCUCCGGACGAUAAAGCUGAUAAAAUCCGAUGGGUUCGUCAAGAUCUACGACCGCCCCAUCCAUGUCUCGGAGCUCAUGAUGGAGUUUCCGAAGCAUCUCGUAUGUCGCUCUGAUUCGUUUUACAUCGGUCAGAAGAUCCCGGCGUUAUCGGAAUCCGACCAGCUUCAGCUCGGCCAUAAGUACUUCCUCCUUCCUAAACAUUGCUUUCAAUCCGUUCUUUCCUUCGUCACCAUCGCCUCUUUGGCAUCGCCGCAAGCUCAGCCGUCUUCCAGAGAGUCGAGAAACGCGUUUCUGAAGAAGGCGGCGUCCUGCCAGCCGUUUGAUAUACAAAAAUCUCCAUCUGGCUGUGCGAGAAUACGCGUUUGUGAUGAAUUUAUAUCGCAGUUGAUGGAGGAAGGGAAGAUCAAAGAGGAGGAAGAAGAAGAAGAGAGUCUGAAGAAUUUGAAGAGUAGAAUAUGCACGACGGUCCAGUUGCAGAAAGAUUACACGCGGCUGGUGGGUUGUUCACGACAGUGGAAGCCGAAGCUGGAGACGAUAAAAGAGAAAGAAAAGAGAAGACUUUCAUCGUUUGGAAUAAAGAGAAGGAAGAAAUCUCAAUCAAAAGGAAGCCAUCUUCAUCUUCAUCAUCAUCAUGUAACUUCAACGAAACCUCCAUUGAAAUCUAAGAUUAAAUCAAAAAAAGGAUGGUAGUAUUUAGAUUUUUCUUUUUUCUUUUUAGUUUUCUGGUUGACUUUGUAAAAUGAUUAUACUAGUUCUACUUUAGAUUAUACAAAAAUUAAUCAAAGCUCUCAAAUUGAUUAUCAUG